UAAGGCAUCAUCUCCACACUCAUUCCCUCAAAUGUUAUACGGAUUGGAUUGCAAUAAUCCUCGCAAAAAAACAGGACAAAAUAUUACACAUUUCCAUACAAAUAGUUCUAGUAAAAUUAAUUACUGCGGGAAAACUACAUAUAAAAUUAUCCCAAUGGGUAUCAAGCUCUAAAAAAAGUCGACUUUAAUACCAUCCUCAAGAAUGAAAUGUAAUUGUGUCCGAGCCCUAGUUUCCCUCGUUUGUAUCCAUCUGUGUGCGAUCUCUGGUGCGAGACACGUCGACUUUGAGCCGAGUAAUAAAGCUAAGAAUUUGGAAGAACAUUUACAAGUGGGAGAUUGGUUAUCGUUAUCGACUGGCCUAAUUUCCCAGUACGGACUCGAUUAUCGGAACACUUUACGAGAAUGUGAAAGGUACAAGGAACCCGGACACGAGGAUGAAUUAGAUGCAUUAGUUGAGCAAAGAACGGCGUAUCUCCUCACGGCGCCUACGUUGACGCAAAGCCCCCCAGAAUUGAGUGAGAGUGAUAAUGACGUCACGGAAGAAUGCAGUAUGCUCUACGGCACCCGUGACGUCGAGGAGGACAAAGCCACAAGUGGUGAAAGUGAGGAUAGUCGCAUAAUUAACGACGGAUUUGCCCCCGUUGGCUGCUAUUUUGACCAAAUAACAAAGCGCAGACUAAUCUGCAAUGAUUACCAGAUGCGAGAAAUCCCUCGACUUCCGACCGCCUUGGAUCGACUAUACUUGACCGGGACGAAAAUCAGUGGGGUUAGUAGGGCAGAUUUUGGCGAUAUUUCUAUCGGAAAUAUUCAGAUGGUUCAAAAUGGAAUUUCGGACCUGGCUCCGGGGGCUUUUUCUAAUGUUAAAAAUAUCUUCACGCUUGAAAUUAUGGAUAGUUUGUUGACCCAUUUGUCAUUUGAUAUUUGCAUUGGACUCACUGAGCUGAUAUCACUCCACCUGGAUGGGAACAGGAUAUCGUUAAAAUCGUAUGAGAAUUGUCCGAUCAAAACUGACGUUGCCGACAUACCCACUGCGCUCCCCAGUUUGAAAUUCUUAAGUUUGAAGAGAAAUCCACUUCAAAUUAUUCCAGAGCAAUUGUGGGCUAGUCUUCGUGAGACUAAUUUGACCAUGCUGGACAUGAGCUAUUGUGUUUUGGAAUCUAUUCAUCCAGAAUCUUUCAAGUUCCUGAAGUCUCUGAAAACGCUUUAUUUAAACGGAAAUCCAAGACUCAUGCCAAAACUGGCCAGCGCUUUCAAAGGAUUACGAACCACGCCAUUGGCGGUUCUACAGCUACGCGACAACUCUCUGCAUAGAUUUCCCACAGACGCGAUAUCAAAUGUUGCCGAGAACUUGGAAACUUUGGACCUAUCCUCGAACCCGAUCUCAUACUUGAGCAAUUCCGAUUUGCCCCCAAACCUGACAAAAUUAAAAAUCCUUACUCUCAGCAACUGUAACAUGAUCGAUAUUCAAGAUGGCGCGCUGGAUUUGAUGCCAAAUUUGGUACAACUUUGGUUGAACGGCAAUUUCCUUACUAAAGUGCCGCAAAUGACUAACCUAACGAAACUUACGCAUCUGUACUUAAACGACAACACUCUUCUGCCCAAUGCGAAAGAAGACGAGAAUGGAGGUGUCCAGAGAAGGUUUAUUAUUACGGACACUGAUUUUGCUAAUCUGCCCAGUUUGCGCGAACUAUACUUGUCAAACACAAAGGUGAAGAAAUUUUCAAAACAUGCAUUUUCCAAACUCGUCAAAUUAGAUACUUUAUCAAUGCACAACACAGAACUGGAGGGAAUUGAAGAUCAAACUUUCACUGGCUUAGAAUCCUUAAAGUGGCUUGGUCUGAAUAACAAUCCGCAACUUACAUCGAUUUCCCCUUUGACCUCGUUCACAUUUUACGGCUUGCAUAACUUACAGUAUUUAUACAUGGCCAACUGCAGAAUAAAUUUCAGAAAAUUACCAACCGAUUAUGAGCCGCCGACUGAGCAAAGUUGGAAGCCAGACGAAGUCCGACCCUUCCUGUACCUUCUGGACCUUCGGAAAUUGAUUCUCUCCAAUAACAGCAUUGUUUACAUUUAUCCACAACUAUUUGAGACCAAUUUGAACAUCACAGAACUUCAUUUGGAUGGAAAUGAUCUCCAGUCCUGGAUCAAACCAAUUCUUCCAACGAACUAUGCUAAAAACAGGGCGCUUAAUGCUGGUGAAAAUCUCACUGCUGGACUAUUCGAGACAAAAUUUGUUAUUUCCUUUAAUAAAUUUAUCUUCAUUACGGAAGCCAUGUUGGAAGACAUCAUCAGUUUCCAACCUCACCAAGUGGACUUGUCCAGCAACGUCUUCAUGUGCGACAAGCAGGCUUGUAAGGCUCGAGACUUAAUCAUCGAUGAUGACAAUGACGCUGAAAUAUUUGCAUAUCGCGUUACCUGGGUAAAAAUGGAGUCGUACAGGUGCCUUAACCCCACUUCUGACGACCUUGUCCCCCUCGUUAAUGUUACGGAUGAGACGUGUAUCUCAUUCGGGAAAAACGUCCAACCAGUUGACGAGCCUCCACCUGGUGAAAGUUCGCACAACUGGACGACAAUCACAAUAGUGAGCACGGUAUCGUUCGCAUGUGUGAUAGCAAUUGUCGCGGUGGGUUACAAGCAGCGCGACCAAAUCCGAUACCUCCUUUUCCGAGCGCAGCUUAACAUUUCGGUCCCACGAAAGGCGAAAACAUCGCUUGGAGACUUAAUCCAAUAUGAUUAUGACAUAUUUAUCUCAUAUCAUAACGAAGAUCGUAGUUUUAUUCAGGAUAAAUUUCUCCCGGAAGUGGAAGACCCUUCGUUUCGGAGGGUUGGUACGGAUUCUGAUGGGAUAAAAUCGCCUGGAUUUAGGGUAUGUUUGCACGAGCGAGAUUUCGAAGCAGGGAUGCCAAUAACGGAAAAUAUUUUGGAUGCGGUCGACCGUUCCAAGAAAGUUGUGAUAGUGGUAUCCAAGAAAUACUUGGAGUCACAGUGGUGCACUUUUGAAAUGAAUUUGGCAUACCAUCGUCUCGUUGAGUCGAGGAGAAAGUCAUUUGUUGUCAUUAUAUUAGAAGUGAUACCACCAAAUUUGCGUACAAAAGUCUUAAAUUAUUUGAUGAGGACAAAGACAUAUUUAGAAUGGCCUGGAGUGAAUGGAUCACAGCAAGACUUGCAGAGAUUUUGGACCAGGUUGAGAACUAGUUUUUUGGCGACGGAGUAAAUUUUGAUGUGGGAGGUGGUUAAAUAAUUUUGUACUGAAUGGGGAUAGAUAUUGGAAUGACAUAAAUAUGUAUCAAAGAUGCACGUAAUUAGAUAUGUCUAAUUUGCGAGGUGGAAUGACCGAUACUCUUAAUACUGUUUGCAUUUAUGUAAUUAUGCAUAUGUAUGUACAUAUUCGUAUGCUCACUGUAUAUAUCUACUUACUUAAUUUAAGAUUUAUAAGAUAAUGAACUAGUAGUGUUACACAGGACAAUGAUUGCAAUAAAAUUGACUCGACAAUCUCGUACUAAAAA